CUUGAUGCCAUCCCAGUGGCGGAGGAGAGUCUGCACAGCAGAGGAAACGAAUCCAACAACAUCCCUCCAGUUCCCUUCCUUUCUCCGUGCAAGGACGCCUCCGUGGUUCUUCCCACCGCGAUUGUCAUCUGAUCUGCGGGGGCACAGCGCUAACAUCUUGUUAGAGGAAAAGCUGCUUGUGUCGGUUGCGGAGACGCCGUCACUUUGAACAAAUGUGGGCCUCCUCAGGGAGGCGAAAAGUACACGCAGACCUGUAAUCAUCCAGUCUGUAAACGGACACCAAGACGUAAUCAAACACAGUGGGUGAGCAGGGAAGAAACACGGGAAAAUGGCAUUGGCAUCGCUGUACCAGUGUGUCGUCGCAGUUCUGGUGCUGUUCUGGAUUGCGUCGUUGUCCCUGGCUCAUUCAUCCUCAGCACCUGAGAACGAGGUGACUCUCCGGCCCACCGCGUGGUUGUCAGAGGGGAAAAUCACUACUGUGACACUUCCUAAAGGACGUACUCGCAGGAUGUACUUCACACUGAGGAAGGCAACUGCCCUGUCACUUACCGUCAGCCCAUGUGACUCCUCCAUUGAGUGGAGCCUGGCUGCCCGCACCCUGAAGGACAAACCUCUCAAGAGUCAGCAGUGGACCUCCAAAAAGAGCAUGCCUGAAAUGUGGUGGCGGGGUCCUGGGACUGAGGAGAAAAUACACACUUUUUCCGGCAGUGCACUGGACACCUACAGCGGUCCAGCGUCCCCCCAUGCGUCUGUCUACAUCCUGAAGCUUCACUCCAAGCAGCAGAAUACCAGAGUCACAUUAUACCUCCACCAAGGCUUGGGUCCCUCGGAUGCCUUCCCAGUUAUUCCGGCUGACCGCAAAGUACACACUUUGGGAGUGGGGAUGACAAGCGUCAGCCUCAGCUGGGCUCCCAGCUCCUCUUUAACUGGUCCUGCUCAGGACAAAUACGAUUACUGCGUACUGGUCAACUCAGAACGUAACCUGCCCAGUCUUUGUGCAGCCCAAAAGAGUGCCAGGGAGGAGAGUGAUAAAAACCGAGAGAAGAUGGAAAAGAAAAGGAGGGUGAUGGCAUGGCCAAUCCUGAAGGAAUGGUGGUGGGAGCAGUGGGAGGCGGACUUGGAGGAACAGAGUCUGUCUCCUAACGGAGCUCCUCAAUGUGUCUGUGAGGGAACAGAGAGCGUCUGCACCGUUUCUGAGCUUCUACCUGACACGCGAUACUACUUUGACGUCUUUGUGAGGGACCAGCUGAACGGGACCAGUGCGGCCUACGAAGGGACUGCCGCCCAGACUCAUGGGGAGGCCCGUCCAUCCGUCAUCACGUUGAGGGAGGGGGAACUGCGAUGGGUCACCUUCAACAAUGUGGGCCCCAGAUCUGAGCAAUUCUUCAGCUUCCGUCCCCGUGGCUCUCAGCAGAGUGGUCUCCUCACUGUGCAAAGCUGUGGCGGGGGGAGCAAAGUCAAGAUCACCGUCUCCAGUAAAGGGCGUGUGCUGACCACCCAGACAGUGGGGAAGGAGUUGGUGCAGAUUUGGCUCCAGGGAAGCCCAUCUUAUCUAAUUCACUUGGAGAGGGAAGGUAAUGCCUUGGGCAGGAACUCCAUUGCUUCCUUACCUGGAGGUCUACAGGCUUCUGUGAAAAUGCAGACCUCCUCCGCCUACCACCGGAGGGGGGUUCCAUCCCUUCCAUCCACCUUACAAGUCAAAUCCUUCAACCGCUUACGUGGGUGCAACAGUAUCACCCUAGCCUGGAUGGGCACAGAGGAGAGAAGCCUCUAUUGUGUAUACCAACGAAAGCAGGGGAGCAGACGUGAUGAGGACACCCUCAACGCAUCCUGCUUGGGACCGGAAUCCCGUUCGGACACCGAGAGGAUUCUCUGCAAGUAUUUCCAGGAGCUAAACCCGAAGCGAGCCGUCACUACGGCUGUGAUUGGGAGCCUGGAGCCGGGGACCGCUUAUGUGUUUGAUGUCUAUUUAAUGAGACGCUGGGGGAUCCCUGUCAAGUAUGCCAGCAGGGUAGUCAAAACAAGGAAGGAGUGCUGAGAUGACGCCCCCUGCAGGAAAGUUGUGGACUCAAAGUAUCCACUGUGGAGAAAAAACUGUAAAGAUUGACCAUGAGAAUGAAGUCAUUUGACUGUUGUGGGACAUAAGACAAGUAUUCCUUUUUGGAGAAUCAAUGGUUUAUCUGGCCACUUGUCUUUUUGGAAGAAUCCGCGCACCAGCAAACAUUCAUAAUAUUCAUAUUCAAUAUUUACAAUAGUAUGCUAACAUUGCUUGUCAUUGUACAUCAUGAUAAUAGCAUGGAGGCAUUCCAACUGCUCAGUUUUGUGCGUAAAAACAAGAGGCAGGUGAGGUAUGUACUGUCAGAAUACAUAUGAAAAAUGACUGUGCCAAAUAUGCAACAGAAACAGAUGGGGCAAUAAUUGGAUGACAUCUGAAACAUGUUGGAGGGGAAAGCAAGCAGUGGGAGGCGAGGGGGGAUUUGUAGUGUAUAUUUCCGGUCCAGUUUAUUGUAUAGGGGCAGCAGGAGUGCAAUCUACAGCAGCUUUGUUCAAUCUAAAAAAUGUACAUGUUUGUGUUGUGCUUGUCGCAUGAAGCGGUGGAGGAAAAAAUAAAUUGUGAAUAUAUCGUCAUUGUCGUUGAUAUUUUUGUGCUGCUAGAA